UUAGGUGGCUCCGCGGAGCAGCCCAACGUGCAGGGCCGUGGUUCGCCGUCGCCUCUCGCUCUCCUCGUGACGCUCCUCCUCUUCCAAGCCAAAUCGCUCCCCCGAUUGGUGUUCUCGCAUCUUCUCGAUGCUUCUAGGGUUUCUGCUGCAAAGCUUUAGGGAUCUUGGAAUCCUAGAUCUGUCUACCUCGAUGGUGUCCCUUUAACCAUUCCUUGGAUCGAUAAAUCUUUGGGAAUCCGGAUCUAGGAUCUUGUAGAACUCAAAUUUCGUCAGAAAAUUCCAAUCUUGGAAAGACCAAGGCAAGAGGUCGCUUUGAGGUGAUCAUUAGCCACUGCAAUCAUGAGUUAUUUUUUCCGGGGGAGUCGGGCGGACAUCGAAAGCGGCUUGCCUGGAUUUAUACCGGAUAGGCGACCGGUGCGAAUGCAUGCGGGAGUUCGUCCUGUUAAUAACAAUUCGAUGGCUUUUCUCGUAACCGUCCUUGUGCUGUUCAUGAUAUUGAAUUCACAUCAGAUGUCACCCAACUUUCUGCUUUGGCUUGUUUUGGGAGUGUUUCUGAUGGCCACCAGCCUUAGGAUGUAUGCAACUUGCCAACAACUUCAGGCCCAAGCCCAAGCUCAUGCUGCAGCUGCAAGUGGCUUCCUUGGUGGCACGGAGCUGCGGUUGCAUGUUCCACCAUCCAUAGCCUUUGCCACAAGAGGACGCUUACAAAGCCUCAGGCUCCAACUUGCUCUUCUUGACCGGGAAUUCGAUGAUUUAGAUUAUGAUGCUUUAAGAGCACUGGAUUCUGAUAAUCCUCCUGAUGCUCCUUCGAUGACCGAGGAAGAGAUCAAUUCGCUACCUGUACACAAAUACAAGCUUCAAUCCUCCAAUCGGCAAAGUGGUGGAUCAGUUCUGCAACAUGCAUCGUCUUCUUCAAUAUCUGCAACUGAGCAGAAAAGGCAGGAAGGUACUAAACUAGAUGGAAACUUGAAGACUCCAGAAGAUGAACUGACAUGCAGUGUUUGCUUGGAGCAAGUCAAUGUAGGAGAAUUAGUAAGAAGCUUACCAUGCUUACAUCAGUUUCAUGCAAACUGUAUCGACCCCUGGUUGCGUCAGCAAGGUACAUGUCCUGUCUGCAAACAUAGGGUGAAUUCUGGAUGGCAUGCACACAGUGAUGGCGAAAUGGACAUGGUUUAACUGGUUCUAUUUAUUACUGGGAGAUCUGAACAAAAGGCAUGCAUGGUUGCUGCUGGAUCAAUGGUGCAUGUUGCUUAAUGUCCGAAAGGUUUUGAUGUGGAUACGAUUAACUAUAUGUACAGUAUUAGUUCACUACUUGUUAAACUAUAAAGUAGCUUGUAUUAACCCUAUUAUCGAAUUUUUGUGUGAAUUUUAAGAUUGAGCAAAAGUCUUGGAGGUGCAGCAAAUCAAGCUUCUUGUUCA